AUGCAAAUCUCAUUCAUCAGUGCUGCUCUUUUAGCAACUGCUGGCCAGUUGGUCUUUGCCAUGCCUGCACCUCAAACUGCCAAUAUCACUGUUCCUACUAACACUGAUUCAGAGACUGCUGCCAAUAUCACUCUUCCUACUCACACUCAAAACGGCUGGGCCCCUCAAAUCUCUCCUGUGUUCUCCAACUUGAAUGUAUCCAAAGAUGCUCUCACCAAGUACAACGAUGGUCCUCUUGAUGUCAAUUCCACUUUAUCAAGAGAAACGUUAGACCUCAGCUCGUAUCCAGGCGCCUGGGAAAAGCCAGACCCCAAGCAUCCCGAAGUUCAGGCAAUUAUCAAGCAAAUCAACUGGGACCUUGUUCCCAAGUAUAAGGUUCGUAAGGUCAAGAAUUACGAUCUGGUCUUUGAUGGUUAUGAUGAAGACGCUGAUCCAGAUUGUUGGUGGUCCGCCAACAUGUGUACUGAGCCAAAGGUCAAGUAUUUGCCUCCUGAUCUGUACGCUUGUCCUACUAAGGGUGAUUGGGGUCUCACUUACGAUGAUGGACCAUUCAACCUUCUUGAUGAAGAUGACGAUGAUGCCAAGACUGAAAACCCCUAUGCAGAGCCUAGAUUAUACAACUUUUUAGCAAAGGAAGACUUGAAGGCUACCCUCUUCUAUAUUGGCUCCAAUGUGAUGACAUACCCUGCUGCUGCUCGUCGUGCUCUCUCUGAUGGCCAUACUCUCUGCUCUCACACAUGGUCACAUCCUCCCAUGACAACUCAAACGAACGAGCAAGUUGUUGCUGAGCUCUAUUGGACUCUGAAGGCUAUCAAGGAAGCUACUGGUGUUACAGUCAAGUGCUGGAGACCUCCUCAAGGUGAUGUUGAUGACCGUGUUCGUGCUAUUGCUCAUCAGAUGGGUAUGAGAACUGUGCUAUGGAACCGUGAUACCAAUGAUUGGGACAUGCCAGCUCCAGGUGGAGGAAAAUUGCCUCCAGCAAAAGUAGACGGUUAUUUCAGAUCCUGGCUGGAGCAAGAGAAGGCUGGCAAGAAUAAGGAAGGUGUCUUGGUGCUGGAGCAUGAGCUGAAUCAUGCCACUGUAAACAUGACUGAAGCAUGGUUGCCAACUGUCAAAAAGACAUUCAAUGUUGUGUCUGCCAUGACCUGUAACAAUGUGUUACAACCUUACUGGGAAACCGAUUUUAAAUAUCCUGCCAUCCAUAACAGCACCACCUCCAAUUAG